UAUUUGGCAUGUAGGGGGUCUGGGCAUGUGCAGUAGUGUUGAUAACAAUGGUUUCCUUUCUCUGCACAUGGUAUUAAGACACUUGCAACGAUGGAAUGACGGAUUUUAUCGUUUAUUAUGUUAUUGCAAGUUUAUCUAUAAAUGGAUGAGCCUAAGACAGGUGUAAUAGGUACAUGUACUUCAUGCUUACAGGGUGCCUGAACAUUUCGCUGUCUGGACUGAAACAAAAACACAAUGGUAGGUGUGCAGACCUGUAAGUGGAAAUAACACAUUUAGUUGGACCUGACAAAAGACAAAUAACGCUGAUUCGUUGAACCCGCUGGAAAAGACACUACUGGACUGUCAAACUUUGUGCUGGACUUUUCAAUAAUAACACAGACAAAUUGGUUGUAGAGACUUGUAUGUACAAGAUGUGUGCUAGAAGUUAAAUGGGGAAGGAUGUCAGGUAGUGAAAUGGUGAAACAUCAGGAUGAGGAUGGAGUUAUCUCCUCUUUGUUUACAGAAUCCAGCCCAAUAUCCAUUGAUACAUCUUCCAUUAUUACAGUGAAUGGAUUAUCUCCAAAUAUAGAUCAGACAUAUUUAUAUCCAGUUGGUACUCAACAAGGAUGCCUGACAUCAUCACUUCCUGUGUACUGCACUUCCUGUACACAGUCCAGUUUGAUUAUCUCCCCUAACUCACUCCGUCCAGGUCUGAUUACAUCCUCAACUCUACCUCAAGAUGCAAUGGUGAUCAAUCCUGGGAUCAUAGGUCAAAUACAGACAUCUCAGUUGCCUAGCAAUAGUUUUAUAAAAUGUGAAAUACAAGAACCAUCCAAACAGCCAUUAUCUCAAUCUGUCCAUGUUUAUGAUUGUCGAUGGAUGAACUGUGAUCAGAGAUUUUUACAACUGGAUGAUCUUGUCAACCAUGUAAAUGAUCAUCAUGUUAAAGUCGAGAGACCUGACGUCGAUUAUCAAUGUAAAUGGACUGGAUGUCAGAGGCAAGGACGUGGCUUUAAUGCUAGGUAUAAGAUGUUAAUACACAUUAGAACUCACACCAACGAGAAACCACAUAAAUGUACACGAUGUGGAAAAUGCUUCUCACGUUUAGAAAAUCUAAAAAUACACAACAGAUCACAUACUGGUGAGAAACCUUAUACCUGUCCAUUUCAAGGUUGUAAUAAAGCGUAUUCGAACUCCAGCGAUCGUUUUAAACAUGUCCGCACGCACCAAGAUCAAAAACCAUACAUCUGUAAAAUGCCAGGAUGCAACAAACGUUAUACAGAUCCCAGCUCAUUACGUAAACAUGCACGAACUCACGGACAUAACGUUAAGGGCAGUAACUCUUCUCAGUCGUUUCAUGACGCGCUAUGUUCGGAAAAAGGAAGUGAAUUGUUAUUUUCUACAGCCCUACCAUAUACGACAAUUAAUAUAAACAAUAAUUCAAACGUCCAAUCCAAUGGUGAUUUGUCAAAAGACGUAAAUAUGCAACAAACCGCAAGUGUUGUGUCGUCAUGGAAUCUGUUGCCGAUAGCAUCUCACGUCACAGAACUGUUACCCCAUGUUGUGACAGCAAUUCCAUCCUCCCUUCCAAAUACAGAUGGCAGUUCUUCGCCGACGGAAUCUGAUUGUCAGGAACGACCGUUAGAUUUGUCACGUAGUCCGAUCAGUACCCCCGUUACUAUAGCAACAUUAACUACUCAAAUUGUUGCCGACUGAUUUAUCGUAACAAGAAACUUGUGGUGUGCACAUGAACAAAAUAUUUUUGUGUUUUACAAGACGAGUGAAAUAUAUUUUUAUAUUAUUUUUUAUAAAUACCCCGGCCAGAUCAAUUUGAAUUUUAGUUUUUCUUUUGAACAACAAUCAGAAUAUUCUUGAAAAAAGAAAUAUUUAAAAAUAAAAAGACCUUCGUUAUUCUUCUUCAGAGCUUUUAUUUCUGAAUUUCAAACCGUUUAAGAGAUUUGAGGGCCUUUUUUUUCCCUCAAAUUGGUUUAGCAUAUAUUUUUGUUGUGUGAAAAUAAGUACAUGUACCUAUUAUUAAUGUAUUUAUGAUAGAGUUUCUUCUCAAAGAAGUAUUGAAUAUAUUUAUAUCCUUGCCAAAUAAUUUAUACUAUGCUAGAGCAUAUUCUUUCUGUGCAUGUAUCAGGUUAGAUCAGAAAGUCAAGUGACAUUGUUUUGAUUCCCCGCUUGUAUGUGACAAGGAGUAUGAUUACCUGUCCCAGGGUCCUCCAGUUUCCUACAAUUGCUAAAGACCCGUACCUGCAAGAAAAUUAUUGAAAUAAAAGUGAACCAUACCAUAGUCCUGAAAUGACCUAGUUUGUGUUGAGUGGCAAUUAAACCCCAUUUCCAUUUUCUCUCUCUCUCAUGUAAUUUUGAUCAUGUAAUUUGCAUGAUCUUUACUCUGCAUACUGUCUCCAUCAAUGAAAAGUUCUUGUCAAGUGAAUAUAGUGAAAAAUGGUUAUCUUCCAAUUUAUACAUAUAUAUAUAUCCGAAAACCAUAAAGCUGCACUACUUUGUACGGUAAACUAUGAUAAGUUAAAAGGUAUGCCUACACAAAUAUCAUUUCAACACUGGUUUAAUAACAUUUUAUCAUUUUUAUACAUCAUUAUCUUUAUAUGAGCUGUUCGGCCCCGUUCAUGAAUAGAUUAUUCAUUGGCUGAGCAUUCAAAUCAAAGUAUAAAUUUCAGUUCGCGACCAAUGAAAAGGUUACAUUGAUGAAUAAUGGCACCGCCUUGGUCCCCAAUAUUACAAUGUACAAGAAUUGAAUUCUGGCAUGAGCUUAAAACUUACAGGAAUUUCAUUCUUAUUCCAAUUUGUAAGGGGUUAGGCCAGUAUAUUUUCUGUUUUGACUGUCUGAAUUGUUACCUAAAAUCCACGUUUAAAGUGGUAAUAAAUCUAUGCAAGCCAGAAUAAAUCAGCAUUUCAUCAUACUGAUUAAAUAUGUAUUUUAAUUUAGAAAUUCUAACAGUAUAAACUCAAGUACUCUAGCAAUAUUCUGGACAUCCUCGGUAUCCCUGGUGGUCUCUUUCCGUUCUAAUCCACUAUACCCUGGGUUAAUCCGAGGGGGGAGGUACCCAUAUUCAAGUUAUCUACCCUUGAUGUUAGUGCUGUUUUUAUCGACCAAUUCCAUAAAUCGUUAAUUGCAAAGGAAGUUGACGAGGUGAAGUAACUCACCUUGUUGCAACAAGCCGCCAUGUUGUUGUGAACGUAACCAAAAGGGCUAAAGAGUCUUAGUAGGAAUAAUUUGUAAACUGUUUUUUGAUUGAUUCGCAGACUCAAGCUACGAUGAAGGCCAGAGCAGAUAAUUUGAAAUCGGAGAAAACCCCAUGAAUCAACCUAAGGUAGGCUAUAAAACGGAAUGAGACCACUGUGGAAACCGAGGAUGUAUUCUUGAAUAAUGUCCAUUGUUUAUCUGUCUAUAACGUCACUGUUAACAAACAUAUUUUGAUUGUCGACCAAUUUCAGAAUUAAAGUUUUCAAACGUUGUAUUUGAGAAAUGUUGAGGUUUAUAAGAUUCAAUGAAUUUGUACAUGACUAUAAUAUAAUAUGUUUUAACUGUUGAUUUUUAUAAAUUAAUAUAACAGUAUUGCUACUUUAAGCAUUAAGUAAAUGUAUAUAAUUAAAAUCAAAGAUGUGUGUAUGUAUGUUCUCCCAUCAUGCUUCGUCGCCACAAUCCACCCCACAUAUGUGGUAUCAAAUUAACCAUCAUGACCCUUUGAAUGUUUUAGGUCAUGAUUUAUGUAGGACAAGAUCAUUUAUUAGUUUAACACAGCCAAAAAUCAAUGCAGAACUGUGCUUGCAGAGGAACUGUUUUACUGUAAUUAACGGUUAACAGGAGGUAACUCCUGUUUAUUAUGGUAAUUAAGUUUAAUAAUAGUAACGGAUGAUGGUGAGUAAUCAGAUCUUGAACCAGGUAUCCAGCUAGUGAAUAAAUAAAUACUAAUGCUUUAAUCAAAAUUUACCUUAAAGCAAGUGUGAAAGGAAUGAUGUUAAACAUUUUGAUCAUAUAAAAUUAAAGCCACCGAUGAUCGUUUGAAUUCAAGCUGUGAGAUUAUCUAUCAUAUUUUUAAUCCUUUUUAAACUAUGGUACAAUAUAUGAGGGAUUUCAAAUCAUUUGGAGACUACAAUAUUGUGAAAAGUUGAAUUUUUGAAAGGAGUAUCAAUCCAAUAAUAGUUCAUUUCAGAUGACGCAAAUGGGAUAUGGUCAAAACAAAUCACCUAUAUUAUUCCCGACAAUAUUUUCAUGGGCCUCUGAUUAAACAUGCAUUAUGCAACAGCUAAAUCUGCCUAUUGCAGGUCUUUCUUUAGGCCUUAAAUGUUAUAUAAAUUAUUAAUUUGAUAUUUAUUAACAAAGGUAGCCAUGACAAUCGAGGCUAGACUAAUUGUAUCGCCGAUAACUAGGCUCAGAGGAAGUAAUUUAACUGAAAUUUUCAACAUAUUCCCUUUUCAUUAUCUAUUUUUUAACUAUUAUAGCGAGAACUGUCAACUCUUAAUCUAAUCUUACCUAAUGCCCCGUUAAUUCAACUAAAUCCAUGUCUGGAGAUUAUCUACCAUUGAUAUGUUGUUUUUUUAAAUUAUUAAAUGUCAAAUAAUUAAUUUUAAUGUGGAUUCAUCUGAAAAAUAAGAUUUUUUCCAAAAAAUGCACAAACCAUCUGUCUUUAUUAUCCCAGUCGUUACAGAACAGUAGGACAUUCAACGACAUAUCAUUUCAUUUCAUUUUUAGAAACAAAAGCAUUAAAUGUGUGUUUUAUACAGUAAUUUGAUAUUUGGUACAGAUUAUGAUUUAAUUAUUUUUGAGCAUGUGGAUGUUACUGUUGUUCUUAUUGAAUUUCUAACAAUUUUUAAUUUCAGAAAUUGUAAAUGACUUUAAAAGUUGAAAUUUAAUUAAGCUGUAAUUUGAUCUGCCUUCACACAAAGGCCAUAUUAUUAUUUCACUUGAGAAUGGUUCAACUUUAAUUUUCAUUGUUUCACCUGAGAUAGGUCUUUGUUUUCAUUGUUUCACCUGAGAUAGGUCUUUGUUUGAAGGUAGAAAUAUUGUACCAUAAAAUGUAUUUUAAUUAAGUUUUGAAUUCAUGUUUAAUUUAAGUUAAAAAUUGAGAUUACAUCUGAUUGUAAAAUCCUAGAUAAUUUGAUUUAACGGAGGACUAGUGAGGCUUUGUAUCAUGGUAAAUACAACAAUGGAAAAAUAUCUGUGUACCACCGCCUCUCCCUUGGUGCCUUAAGAUGUGUGGGGGAAGGGGGGGGGGGGUAUAGUUUAAUGUUUGCACUAUAUCAUAAGAUCUGUCAUUGAAUCAAGUGGUGUGGUUUCGAUUCCCUGUUUGUACGUGACAAGGAGUAGAGUCGUCUGUCCUUCAGUUUCCUCCCACUGCUAAAGACCCCUACGCACAAGUGAAUUAAUAAAAUAAACCAUCUUUGUUCCGAAAUGACCUAGUUUGUGUCGAGUCAAGUGGACAUUAAUCUGCAUUUCUCUCUCACUCUUCCCAAGAUGUACUUAUUUGGCUUACUGGUUUAUGCUAGGUUCCCACUGUUAUGCGAUGCGUUACAAUAGGAUUGUCCCUAUUGAGUCCACGAUUUCAGUCGUAGCGCAAAUCAUGAUAGUGGGAACCUAGCAUAACCGAAGAUAGAUACUGAACUUGUUACAUGAAAAAAACAAAAUAAAUCAUUGGCUGUGUGAACUUGCCUGGAAGUGGAAUCUGGUGUAAUAGAAAGUUUACACUACUCACACGUGACACCAGUCAUGAUUCACAUUGAUAAUAUUCAUAAGCCAGAUAUACUUUAACCCUUUAGCAUCUGGAUCCCCUGAAACGACCGCUAUCUCUAUCGCCUCAAUCUACUGGAGUCAAACGACUGGCUGGAUCCCCAGAGACUAUUGCUAUAUCUAGCGUCUCAAUCUACCCGGAGUCAUUAAAUUGUUUCAAUGUCAUUUAGUAAUUGAAUUGAAAUACACAGGACACAAUUCUAUGGAAUACUAUUACUGUUUAUUACUGAGGGACGUUUUAACUAGGCUUCUUUAGUCAUUAAUAAGCAAUGAUAAAAUAUAAUGAGACAAUACAAACAUUAUAUUUUAUCAUUACUUAAUAAAGAUGAGAGAAACCUAGUUGAAAUAUCGCUCUGUAAUCGUAUUCCAUAGAAUUGUGAUCUAUGUAUUUCCAAGUCGAUGUGACACAAAGUUGAAUUGGUUUACACAGCAGUAAUAUUGAGCAAUUUCAAAAAUAAACUACAAAUCGGAAUGUAAAAAGGAUUCCUUUUCUCUGAUAUUUACCAGGAACUGGGGUAUUCAAUAUUAAUGUACCAAGUGCUAUAUUGAUAAGGGUUAAUUUUAAAUAGUCGUUGAUUUUCAUUGUUAUUAUCAUUGUUAUAGUGGAAAUAUUUUGAUACUGAAAAUAUAGUAGUUUAUAUAUUUAUAUAUUAUGUAAUUAAACAUAUAUU